CCGGUUACGCUGUGGUCUGUUUCCGGUGUGAAAACCAGACAUAAACAAACCGGACAUGCGCGUGUCCGUUGGGGGCUCGGUUCGGAUGUACCGCUAGCGGCACAGCCGUGGUCAUCAUGGUGAAGUGCGCUGUGUCCGGGUGUCCGAACCAGACGGUGACCGGAACCCAGGGCGUCCUGGACCGACCCGCCAAGAGGUUCUUCAACUUCCCCACAGACCCGGCCCAAGUCAAGGUUUGGCUCGCAGCGCUGAGGGAGGCGGACAAGCAGGACUGGACCGAGCGGCGUUUAAUCUGUGAGGACCACUUCCUGCCAGAGGACGUCUCCAAGGACGGAGUCAGUCCCGAUGCCAUUCCCAUCAUGCCGCCUUACCUGGACGGACUGCUGGGUCCCAGCAGCUCCUGGGCCGAGGAGGAGGAGGAUGAAGAGGCUCCAGAUCCACCUCAGCAGAACCCAAGUGGAGGUUUGGAGAAUCCAGAGGCAAAGACCAGUGCAAACAUGCGACACAUGAAACAGUCCAUUCGGGCAAAGAGUGUUCCUGUGGAACGGCUGACUGAGCAGCUCCUGAAGCUGCUGAUGCUGGCCCCGGACGGAUCCCUGGACCUGAGGCAGGCCAUCAGGAACCUGCAGAUCCGCGGACGCAGAGUCUUCAACAUCAUCAACGUCCUGCACGAGAUCGACCUGGUCCAGAGGGACCCGGUGGACAGCAUCCGGUGGAUAGGAGCGAUUCCCAUUUCCAGCUUUCUGUGGAAGAACCAGGAGAAGUUCCGUCGGGAGAUGGAGAAAAUCAGGCUGGUGGAGGACGCGCUGGACGCCAUCAUCGAGGGCUGCGCUCGCCAGCUCCUGGAGCUGACCGACGGGGCUGACGACCUGGCGUCUGCGUACGUGACGCACGAGGACAUCGUGCGACUGAAAGGCUUCGAGGGACAGACAGUGAUAGUGGUCAGAGCUCCGAAAGGAACCAAGAUGGAGAUUCCUUCACCCAAGGAGGACAACAUUCAGGUCCAUCUGAAGGCAGUGAGCGGCCCCAUCAGUGUACUGGCGUCUGAUCUGGGCAGCAGCAGCUUCAUCACGUUAGAGGAGAGUCGCAUUGAGACCCGGCUGCUCUCAGGGUCUUUGGGUCCACGGAGUUCAGAGCAGAGCAGCUAAUGAGCUGACCAGCAGGUGGCGCUGUUGUUCCUAGGGCUGAAUGAGGCAGAUCUCUGCAGGUACAAACAGUUUGGACCACGUCAGCGCUGCACGUGACUGGACCACGAUGGAUCGUUGUCACGUGAGCAGCAGGAGGUCGUGGUUACGACACGAUUGCAGUUAUUACACAAACUGGAGGAUUAAAACUGUAUGAUUCACACUUUCUGUAAAAUAAAAAAUGUUUCUCGGCUUUAAACACAUUGGAUUCAAAGUAUGAACAAUAAAAUGUGAACCUGUGUAAACAUGA